UAGCUGUAGUGAUCUGCUAGACUCGUCCGAAGGUAACCGAGCCUAUUCCUUGAAAUUGGGACCAGCGUCACUUCCAGUGUAUUGUCACAUGAGCAGUCUUGGAGCAUGCGGGGGUGGUGGAUGGACGCUGGUUAUGAAAAUAGAUGGCACCAAGAGAACCUUCCAUUAUGAUUCCGAGUAUUGGAGCGACAAAAAUUCCUUCAACUUACCAGGAGGAAAAACUGGGUUUGACUCGCAAGAGACCAAGUUACCGACAUACUGGAAUACACCUUUCUCCAAGAUCUGUCUUGGUAUGAAGAUUGACCACCAGCUCAACUUUAUUGUCAUUAACAGAGAGGCUGAAUCUUUGUACUCACUGAUUGCUGAUGGAAACUACCGCAACACCUCAUUGGCCCGUGACACCUGGAAGGCGCUGAUUGGCUCCCAAGCUUCCUUGCAGUUUUGCUGUGACAUAGAGGGCUUUAAUUCUGACGGUGGUGAUGCAAAAACAAGAAUUGGUAUCGUUUGUAAUGAGUGUUGCAAUGCAGACUGCGGCUUUCAUGAUUCAAGAAUUGGGUUUGGAGCGGGUGGGAUAGAUGAUUCCCACACGUGUGGAAACUUAGCUUAUUGGACACCCGAUAAUGGUGACAAAAACAUCACAGCCAUGGGAUACAUUUUCAUCCAGUAAUCAAAAGCACGUUGAUGGAAGGAAGCCCGCCUGAAAAUAACCCAUUUUUAGCACAUAUACUUCCUUUUCA